AUGAGGUUCUCAACCGUGCUCGCCGCUGUGGCGGUCUACUUUCUUCCAGCCGUCGUCGCACUCAGUCCCAGCAACUGCAACACUUCAAACAAGGCACGCACCGGCUCCGACUUCGUUCUGGAAGAACAAGCCGACAACCCCCACGUCAAGUCUCUUGCUAAGAAGCUCAAGAGGGUCACCGUAGCCCACGUCUUCGACGAUGGCAACCACAAGAUGACGAGCACGUCCCAAGGGCUCAGAUGGGAGAAGACGUCCAGCUUCAAUGAUGUAGACACCUCCAAGUGGGUGCCGCAGGGCAUCACCUCGACAGCGGAUGCGCUCGAUGCGGGAACGUACGAGGGGAAAGACGGCUGGAUCGUUAGCUGGCAUCGGAAUGAUGACAAGAGCGUGCGCGUCACGUUUGUGAAUCGCAAGACCAACAAGUAUCGUCAUGCGCUGCUUGUCUAUCCCCAUGCUGCGGACAACUUCAAGGCCGUGCCCAUCCAUGCUGGAGGGAUUAUGUGGUAUGGCAACACGCUCUGGGUCGUGGACACAAAGAACGGUAUUCGCGUGUUCGAUCUCGACAAUAUUUGGCAGGUCAGUGAUGGUGAUGGGGUCGGCAAGAAGUCCGGCGGUGGAUACUCGGCUGCAGGAUACAAAUAUGUUAUUCCUCAGAUCAGAUGGUACAAGUGGACGUCCUCCUUCCCCUUCCGCUUCAGCUUCAUCUCCCUCGACCGGACCACCAGCCCGGACAGCCUCAUCGUUGGCGAGUAUCAAAAGUCAACUAGCGAACCGAUUCGCUUGGUGCGCUUCCAGCUCGACUACAAGACGCGCAAGCUCGUGACGUCUAGCGGCAAGAAGGCCAAGGGCACCUGGGCCUACUGCGUUGGCAUCGAGCGUAUGCAAGGCGCUGUUUCGGCCAACGGAAAGUUCUACAUCUCGCGCAGCAACGGCAACAAUCGCGGCGAUAUCUUCGGCUGGGUGCCGGGUAAGACAGCGAGGAAGAAUGGUGGCAUUGUGCCUCGCGGCCCGGAGGACCUGAGCUAUGACAAGCGGAACGGUGGGCACAUCUACACCGUCACGGAGCACGCGGGGACGAGGUAUAUCGUGGAUCUUAAGGUUUCGUCGAUCAAGACGUCAUGA